AUGUCAAUGUACUCUCUACGUAUUCCGAAAGAUCAUGAAGAAUUACGUUUAGCUCAUUUACGUACAUUAAUGUAUGAUUGGUAUCAUCAAGGUAAAAUACCAUUUGUUUAUGAAGCACCACAAUCAUUAAAUAAUAAACCUGGUAUUGUUAUUAGUAUUAUGACAUCAAAUCGUGUUCAAUAUCAAAUUGAUUAUUAUCAACCGAAUUAUUUAAUUCAAUCAAUAUCAACUUUAAUUAAAUUAAUAUUUGAUGAUAUUACAAAAUAUGGUUAUCGAUUUAAAUAUAUUUAUAUAAUGAUUUGUUUAAAUGGAACUAACAUAAAUGAAUUAUCUAAUAUAUAUGAAAUUAUAAAACUUAUUGGUCAAUAUUCAAUUUAUCCAUUACGUAAUAAUCAAUUAACAAAUUAUAUAAAUUUAUCUAUUCCUUGUCAAUUUAUUAAUGAUAUGUCAAAUUGUAUGCUUAAAUCAAUUGAUUUAAUUAAUAAUAAACAACACCAAGAACAAUAUAAUAAUGAUUAUAUCCUUAUUAUAAAAGAGGAUAUGAUUGCAAUGAAUAAUUUAUUUAAUAUAUUAUGGAAAAUAAUUAUGCAACAAUCUAUGCAUCAUCAUUAUGAUCAUCAUAAACUUGGUAUGAUUCAAUUAUAUUCAUAUAAAAAUGUAAUAAAAUUUCCAUUUUAUCAUCCAAUGGAUAGACAAUUAUUUCAAUUUCUAUUUAUUUGUUUAUUAUUUAUUACAUUUAUUAUAUUUUUUAUUUAUUUAUAUAUCCCAUUUAAUAAACAAUCAUCAUCAUCACGGUAUAGUUUAUAUAAAUUUUAUUUAAUAAUUAAUUUAUUUAUUACAUUAUUUAUUAUAAUUUGGUUAUAUGGUUUAAAUAAUUUAUGUAAUCAAUUAUUUAAUUUAUUUUUAAUUUCUUAUUAUAAUGAUGAUGAUGUUGCUAUACAACUUAAUAAUAAAUUAUAUUAUCCUAAAAUGGAUAUGAUUAUGGCUAAUUUAUAUCCUAUUGAACAAAUUAAACAAAUUAGUUUUUAUUUAAAACAAUCAAUUAAAUUAUGUGAAAAUAAAUCAAUAUGGAAUUUAAAACCGGAUGAAUCAAAAUAUACUCAAUUGAUUACAUCAUAUUUUAGAUCAAAUACUAAACAAAUAUUUACUGUAUAUAUGAAUUUAUUUAAACAUUGUGGAUUAUAUUCAAAUGAUGAUGAAGAUGAAGAACAACAAAAAACAAUAUUGAAUCCAGCUGAUAUUGAAUGUUAG